AUAUGUAUCCGGUUUGUGAGUUUCCCGUGCCCUCUCGCCUUAAUCGCACGUCUGUCAAACGCUCGUGAAUAUUCGGAACAUGUGAGACUUCGGGAAGUGGGCACGCCAAGAAAAUAGCAUCACGAACAUUCGCAUGAUGCCUUGACGUUCAAAAUACAUUACGACCGCCGAUGCUCCGAUUUAUUUACGGUAACGACGAGAAAGCAUUCGACGGAAAAGGGAGCGAACUGAUCUUAAACGGUGCGCACAGCAAUGGCCACGACAGAAGGAGUCACGAUAGAGGAACUCAGGAUCGAGAUUGAAAGGUUAUCACGGGAACUAGAUUUAGCUUCUACGGAAAAAAUACAAUCUGCUCAAUACGGUCUCGCUUUGCUCGAGGAGAAGUCCGCCCUGCAACAAAGAUGCAACAAUCUCGAGGCCCUCUACGAAAACACGAAACACGAGCUAGAAAUCACGCAAGAGGCCUUAGCAAAAUUUCAGACAACCACAAAAUUAACCACAAAAAGUGGUAUAGAACAAGAAGAGACUCUUCUUAACGAAAGUGCUGCAAGAGAAACAUCUCUUCAGACACAGAUCAUCGAAUUGGAAAAUGAGGCCAAACAGUUACGUCAUGAAUUGGAACUUGUGCAAGCAGAACGUGAUCAUGCGUUGCAAGAACGCGAAGAAGUUGGAAAAGAUCAUCAACAAGCAGAGGCAGAAAGAAAAUCCUUACGUACUAUGUUACGUGAAUGUAGAUUUCGAGAAGCUCGACUUCUCCAAGACUAUUCGGAAUUGGAAGAUGAGAAUAUUUCAUUACAGAAACAAGUGUCUGGUUUAAGAUCCAGUCAAGUAGAAUUUGAAGGUGCCAAACACGAAAUAAGGAGAUUGACAGAAGAGGUGGAACUUCUAAAUAGUCAAGUUGAAGAACUAACAAAUUUAAAAAAGAUUGCUGAGAAGCAAAUGGAAGAAGCGCUUGAAUCUUUACAAGCUGAGCGCGAAGCAAAAUAUGCUCUUAAGAAGGAGUUGGAUCAAAGAAUUAAUAGCGAAUCAAUUUAUAAUCUUAGCAAUCUUGCACUUUCUAUUAGAGGAAUUACAGAAGAUCAAACAAUAUGUAGUGAUGGGGAAGAUGAUUCUCCUGCAUUACGUAGAAUCGAAGCAGACUUAAAAACUCAAGAACCAGGGACUUCUGCUACUGAUAAACAAGUCGAUUUAUUCUCUGAGAUUCAUUUGAAUGAAUUGAAGAAAUUAGAAAAACAAUUGGAAUUAGCAGAAUCUGAGAAAGCUCAUCUUACGCAAAAUUUGCGGGAGUCGCAAUAUGCAGUUGAGAAAAGUCAGAAUGAAUUACAGUCCUUUGUUGCGCGUAUAGUGCAACUAGCAGCUCAUGUGCAGUCGUUACAUCACCUUCACUCCAAGUUACCUGAAAAAAAAACUGAAGAAACAACGUUAGAUAAGUUGAAUCAGGCGAUAAUGCAGUAUCAUCAAUGGAGCACUAUGUCCGCACGUGAAGUGAAUCAACUACAAAAGGAUUUGGCUGACUUAGAAAAUGGUUUAACUAUAUCUGAUUCAACUCAACAACUGCGUACAGAAUUAACAAAUCUUAGAAACAAGAUCCCCGAGUCAGAGAAGAGCCUUCGAGAAAAGGUUGGAACGUGUGGUCCCUUUGACCUUUUAGAUACAGAACAGAGAAGCAUACAACUUGAAUCCGAUAUUUCUAUUCUCUCAAAACUUGCAGUGGAAGCUGGUGGUUUUCUUGAUUCUGCACAAAACGAUUUGCAAAAUAUCUCUGACGAAUUAGCGCAACUUUAUCAUCAUGUUUGCACCGUUAAUGGAGAAAUUCCUUCACGGGUGGUCCUCGAUCACGAGAAGAUCGUCCCAGAGAAGGAAGAAGAGAAUGGAAAGAUAGAAUGGUGUCGGACUUUGUUUAAAACCGACAUUCAAAUUAAGGACUUAGAAAGUCUGAGUAAAGCGAAAGAAGUCGCCAAACAUAUAGAAACUGCGAUGGAUCAAAUAAAACACCUUCGAAGUGCAGUGGAGCAUACGAUCGAACUUUCCAAAGUUAAAGGAAUGCAGUCGAAUGUCUGUAACGUUUGCGAGGGUUCAGUGAAUGAGAACAAGGCGGAAGUAGCAGAUUUACAAGAACAAGUAAUUAGAUUGAAGGCCUUGUUAUCGGCUAAACGCGAGCAAAUCGCGACUUUGAGAACGGUGCUUAAAUCGAACAAGAAUACCGCAGAAGUAGCACUUACGAAUUUGAAGGGCAAAUAUGAAAAUGAGAAGAGUAUCGUUAAUGAGACUAUGUUGAAAUUAAGGAACGAGCUUAGAAUGUUAAAAGAAAAUGCUGCAACAUUCUCGAGUUUGCGUGCGAUGUUUGCCGCACGUUGUGAAGAAUAUGUGACACAAGUUGACGAGCUCCAACGUCAAUUAGCCGCUGCAGAAGACGAUAGAAAAACAUUGAACUCCCUGUUACGUCUAGCCGUGCAGCAAAAACUCGUUUUGACUAUGAAAUUGGAGGAACUGGAGGUCGAUCGAGAAUUACGAAAUACUCGAAGACACGCUGCUAGUGCAAAUGGACGAGGUAGAAUGCGAAUGUCGCAACAGACGAACCGUCCUCAUUUAGGCAGAGAUUUCUUCUAGAAAAUGAUGAAGAUGUGGAGCAAGCUGUUCUGAGAAAAACGAGGAUUUUAAACUUUUCUUUUUUACUGUUUAUUGUCACAUUCGCAUCUGCAUUCCUACAGAAAAGAUGUAGCCAUGCUUGCUCAAGAUUACUUUUUACCACAGUAGCAGAACAGGGAAACAAGUUAGCGUUACAAACAUUUUUUUCAUCGUGUAAUUUACUACAAAUAUAGAGUAGGACUAUGGAUAUAUUAUGCCGUGUGAAUACCGUUACAAAUUUCGACUCCAUCUGAUAAGAUUGAAAGACUAAAGAUUGUUCUCGUUGCGAAGAACAGCUUUUCUAAUACGCGUUACAAGGGACAUGGAUCAGGACAUUUGAAAAGUUUUAAAAUGUUCAUAUGUUCUUGUAUCGAUGUUGCUCCAUAUCGUAGAAACUGAUAGAAAUCUCUGCCUUCUGUUACCAAUAUUGUUAGUAGAGAUGUCUAACAAGCAUAGAAUGCGUUUCUGUUGUGCAAGAUUUUUAUUUCACGCGGCGACAUUGUUGCAGAGUUGCUAAAAUAUUCUAUGCUUGGAGAUUUAUUCACGCAGAAUCGAUCAAUGGUUCUCUUGAGUAGCACGCUUAUCGAUAUCUAGAAUUGAUUUUUAAUCUAUUGUCCUUUCUUUAACGAAACGUGGAAUUUUAAUUGUAAAUGUGUUUAUUUCUACAAUUUAGCAAUCGUAUAUUCUUCGUAGCUAGAUUUAUAUUUUUCACCUUUUGGUAUGAUAUUGAGUAUUAUUGUGUAAUCAUAUAGGAAAUAAUUCCGCAUGGAUGGUUCAUAUGGUUAUAUAGUAAGUUUUUUCUAUUAAGGAGAAUGCAUGAUAAAAUGGACGUAUACUGUUUUUAGGUAGACAAAGGAAAAGAAAAACGAGAACUUUACAUUGCAUACCAUAGAGACAAUAUUAUUGUGCGCGACCGUAGAGUUUAUAAUCGUUUAUAAUCAAAGUAGAAUGGAAAAAGAACCAUAGACGUGUAGAGUUGAGAAAAAAAAGUACAGAGUAGCAGAAUAACAGAAUUAGAGACCCAUUCUCCAAGUAGUUUCUCAGAUUAAUAUACUUUGAUCGUGACAAAGAAGUAUUAUUUUACCAUUUGCGCGAAAACAGUUUUAUUAUAUUUUAUUCCACACUUUUAUUUCAAUCACUGUUUUUUAAUGCAUUUUAACUCGUUUUUUGAUUAUUAUUAUACGAUAGUAUUUUGUGAUUUUGUUAUUUUUAUGAGAAAGGACUUUUUUGUAGUAUUUCAUAAAACUUGGCCUAAAUAGGCUUCGAAUCAAUUUUGUGUAAUUUGGGCAGCUUUUUAUUAUUAUAUAUAUAUUAUUUAUAUUAUAUAUAUUAUAUAUAUAUAUCAACGAUAUUAUUGCAUUCACUAUAAUUUUAUUUAAUAGUUUUGAUUGUUGUUAAUUUAUGUCUGUUUAUCUAUUUUAACCAUUUUCUUUUUAACUAGCAGUUGUACUUUUUGGUAUUGAUCAAUGUGUAAUAAUUGCUUUAGUGAUAUUGAAUUUUAGUACUUGACACAGUUAUUGACGAUAGAAACAUAACUAAUUACCAGAUGCAACCUAAGGUGGCUAUAUAUUAUUUAUGAAUAUGCAUGCUACUUUUUUAAUUCCUUAAAUUUUCGAGCCUCCUUGCACAAUUGAACUAAUAUUAUUAGCGAAAUUUUCCAAGCUACAAGAUACAAGUAGUGAUGGGUUCAAAUAUAUCGCAAGUAGGUUUGAACAGUGAUUCAUUAGAUUUGAAUCGUUUAUAAGCAUUUCGAAAAAAGGAAGCAGUACUUUCGCCUAAAUUUGUAGUAGAUUCGAACUUGAACGCGACAGAUUCGAAGUAGAUUCGUCGCGCAAGGGUAUAAAUAUGAUAUAUGGUGCUUUCCUGAUGCUCACGACUCGAUUAGUACUCGUAAGAGUAUUUAUUCAUUCCAAUAUCGAUGUACUUGCGAGUAGAUUUUCGAAACUCGAUUACUCAGUCUGAGUUAUUUGAAAAUACCUUUUGUAGAUCGGAUACUUGGCAAGUACAAUGAACGAAUCGUUACAUGUUAUGAAUACUAUUCGAAUCCCAUGAAGCGAACCAUGGCUAUUAGAUGUGACUCUGAUUUAUAAGCAUUAAGCACAUAUCGAACCUGAUCCCAUCACUAGUUACAAGUUACCAAUGCUAAUUAAUUCUCUUGCGCAACAGUAACAAGUUUCUUUAGCGAACAAGUCAAGUUAAACUGUUUGAACAGCGAAAACUGUAAAAUUAUAAAAGCUAUUUGUGCAACAGAAGUUUACGAUUCACAACUUGUCACUUGUUAUUUCACUAAUACUAUUCUAGUUUACUUAAUAAUAUUAUUAGUUAUUAAGCUAACUAAUAUUAUUAGUAAAUUAUUGUGCCAGAGGAUCCUGUUCAUUUGUAUAUUUGUUGCAACCCAUUUUGUUGUAGCACUGGAAAUAUAUAUAUCCAUAUAUCUUUUUUUUCAUUUUGUUCUGUUAAAACAGAAUGUAAAAUAAAGAAGAAAAAAAUAGGAGAGUGUAUAUAUAAAAUGGUACGAUGUUGAGUUGCAGUAUGCAAGCGAAAUUUUCAUUUUCGUAAAAGCAAAAGAAAAGUAUUUUAUGGGCAUCUAAUGUCUCUGCGAGAUUUACCAGCGCUAAUUACAUUGAAAUUUUAAUCAUUCAUCGAAGUGCGCGUGAGCGUGAAUGUGUGCGUAUAUUUUCGUAGAGAUACAAGCAUAAUGUGCUUGGUACAUUAUGCAGGAUAUUUAAAUGCAGUUAUAUUCGUGCAAUUUCACAAGCUUUUUAUCGAGAGUCAUAUUAAUUGCAAGUUUUUAACGUUUCUUCUGCUCUACUGUUAAUUGAAAAGGCAAUAUUUAUUAUAUAUACAUGCUUCGUAUUUAUCAGACGUACGUUUUUAUUAGGAUAAUAUUUAUUUUGAAUCAUGGUGAAAAUUUUUAUGUAAGGAAGUAUAUCCUGCAUAUGUAUAUGACAUGUACGUUUAUUGUGAACCGUCUUUAAUCAAAUUUGUUAUUAACAUGAUUAGUGUUAUUAUUAUUAUUAUUAUUAUUAUUAUUAUUAUUGUCAUUAUUACUAUUAUUAUUAACGACAUUGCAAUUGUAUAUUAAUUAUUGCGAUAUUGCUGUCAGCUUCGUCGCGGAAUCCAGAUGAGUACCUAAAGAGAAUUUAUCGAUCGUUCAUUGACUAUCAAUCAAUUGAUCAGUUAUCACUAUUAUUGUAUUUAUACCGUAUAGUUAUUGUAUUGCCUGUGUCUACGGUUUUAACUAGAAACGGAAAAUCUUAUUUAUGUUUUUGUUUUCCCUUAGUUAACAUUAGCUAACAAUCAAUGGAAUAAAAUUCAAAGGUUA